AUGAGUAGCGGGCCAAAUGAUAAUGCCAAGGAUCUCAAUGAUUUAGUGACAAAUCGAAUGAACCAGGUCCUCCUUAAACACUGUAGCUCACCUAACUUUUCAAUUUACAACUGUAUUGAGCUACUGUGUAAACAUGCAGAUAAUAUUGGAAUACACUUUUACCUAUGCCAAAAACUGUUGACAUUUCCUCACUCUGAAUUACAGUUUUAUAUUCCCCAAUUAGUGCAGGUAUUAUUAACUGUCGAAACAGAAUCUAUGGCUCUGGAAGAGUUGAUACUGGAAUUGAAAAACGAGAACCCCCAUUUUGCUCUUCUGACUUUUUGGCAAUUGCAAGCAUUGCUUGCUGAUUUAUCGACGGACCCUAAAUCCUAUGGAUUUCAAGUAGCUAGAAGAGUUUUGAACAAUCUUCACUCUUCUUUAUUCAAUACAGCUACUGCAGAUGACGAAAAUAAAAUCAAGAGAAUAAAUGAGAAUGUGGGGCCGGGUUUAUUAUUGGCCUCAAUGGUCAUGUCAUCAAUUGCAUUACCGCAACUAGGAGGGAUGACGAGACCUCUGGUUGAUUCACAGGGAAAGAGGCAAAAAGCUUUUGUGUUUAAAUUAGCAAAAAAUGCAAUGAAAGAUUUGAGAAAAAAUAUUACUUUGAAAAAUACCAUUCUAAAUACUAAAAAUACUCAUGUGCCCUCUAGAAACAAAGAUUUAGAGCUCCCAGAAUCACCGGUUGAUCUCAUUGAUUCGACGAAAACAAGGGAAGAUGCGCUUUUCAAGAAACCAAAACAUUUAGAGACUGAUUUAAAUUUUGAUAUUGUGGAUGACGUGGGAGAGCAAUUAUUCCAAGAUAGAAUAUCGAAUUCUAUAAAGUUGCCAAAGAGAAGAUCAAAGUAUUUGGAUGAUUCCUACGUGCAUAGAACCUAUGAAUCUGUCUCAUUGUCAUCGUCCCCAAGACAAAGCAUAAGCUCCAUGAUACAGAGACCAACGUAUGGAAGUGCGGUGUAUGAGGAGAGCCUUUUAAAUGUUGACCAAUUUACUAGUUCAAUGCCCGACUUACAUGAUGUACAACCAUCUAGGUCGCGUACAUCUUUAUCUUUUUCAGAGAAGAAAUCAGAUGAUACACGCUCUAACUCUCAGCCGCCUUCACUAGCAGACGGUUUCGUUAAGCUUUCUGCAGUCACUUCAGAUCUAGAUCGCAUACAGGAUAUGGACGUAUCUCAAAUGACAACGAAAAUGAAGAUCAAGAUAUUGAAAGCAAAUUACUUCCGCUGUGAAACCCAGUUUGCCAUUGCAUUAGAGAGCAUCUCUCAAAGAUUAGCACAAGUUCCGACGGAAGCUAGAUUCAGCGCAUUGCGUGCCGAAUUAUCCUUAUUGAAUAGUGACUUACCAGCAGAAGUUGAUAUCCCAACUCUAUUACCUCCAAACAGGAAAGGAAAAUUACACAGACUUGUAUUAAUUACGGCAAAUGAAGCUCAAGUGUUGAAUUCAGCCGAAAAAGUUCCAUAUUUAUUGCUGAUAGAGUACCUCAGAGAUGAUUUCGAUUUUGAUCCCACCAGUGAAGAAAACCAAGAGAUACUCAGACGUAAACCGAAUGCAAAAAGUUUCAUAUUUGACCUAAACGACAUAAGCAGGAUAAAAAACAGAGGAAGUGAAUUUGAGCUCGAGUCAACAAUAUUGACUUCAACCUCCGAAUCAAAUACAGUUGCGUCACGUCCAGCAAGCCCGUUAAUAAACAACUUCACUUUCCAAGAACCAGCGAAAAAGGGUGGAAAAGAGAUGGAUUUGGGAGACAUGUCAAUGAUACGGGUUAAAAACCAGACUGAUGCAGAAGCAUAUAGAGAAUCGCUCGUGCUCCAGAGUGCAACAAAAAUACCUGUAAUACCAAGAGAUUCUGAGCAAAGAGCACCUGAACUGAGUUUUGUCGCUACCCUAGAAGAUGCUAUUGUCCCCCGUGCUGAAACAAGAAACUUUCAAGAUAAAACAGUUGAACUGGCUAACGAAAUGCGUAUUUCGGCUGUAAUGCUUGCACAGUUGGAUAAAUCACCACAGGAAAUAUCUGAUACUGCAAAUCAAAUUCGUGCUAAGAUUAUUGCUUCGAUGAAAGAAGUGCAAGACAAAUUCGGAUAUCGCGAUUUAGAGGCAAUUCACGGAACCGCAGGUGAACGUAAGUUGGAAAAUGAUUUGAAAACCGGUGGCAUUGAUACAUCUUAUUUAGGAGAAGAUUGGAUAACCAAGAAGGAGAGAAUACGUAAAACGUCUGAAUAUGGGCAUCUUGAGAAUUGGGAUCUUUGCUCCGUGAUUGCAAAAUGCGGUGAUGACUUGAGACAGGAAGCGUUUGCGUGUCAGAUAAUUCAAGCAAUGGCACAAAUUUGGACCAAAGAAAAGGUUGACGUUUGGGUAAAAAAGAUGAAAAUUUUAAUCACAAGCGCCAACACAGGACUUGUAGAGACAAUAACGAAUGCGAUAUCUGUACACAGUAUCAAAAAAUCGCUAACGAAAAAAAUGAUUGAAGAUGGUAACUUGGAUGAGAAAGGUGUAAUUGCAAGUUUAAAUGACCAUUUCAUUAGAGCAUUCGGUGAUACAAAAAGCUUCAAAUAUAAGCGUGCUCAAGAUAAUUUUGCAUCCUCUCUUGCUGCGUAUUCGGUGAUAUGCUAUCUAUUGCAAAUUAAAGAUAGGCAUAAUGGUAAUAUUAUGGUUGACAAUGAAGGGCAUUUGGUUCACAUAGAUUUUGGUUUCAUGUUAUCAAAUUCACCCGGUUCGGUCGGAUUUGAAGCUGCGCCUUUUAAACUUACCUAUGAAUAUGCAGAGCUGCUAGGCGGUCUCCAAGGUGAACCUUACAGGAAGUUUGUCAUGUUAGUGAAGGAUGCCUACAAAGCGCUGAGGAAACAUGCCGAACAAAUAGUCUCCAUGUGCGAAAUCAUGCAAAAAGAUAACAUGCAGCCCUGCUUUAACGCAGGAGGAGAAACUAGCGUUCAAUUGAAACAAAGAUUUCAUCUCGAAUUGUCCGACACUGAGUGUGACGAGUUUGUAGAGAAUUAUCUCGUUGGUAAAUCGCUCGGCAGCAUAUACACAAGACUUUACGACCAAUUUCAACUCACAACCCAAGGUAUUUACAGCUAA